CGGGUGGUACAGUGGGAAUAAUGGAAGCACUGUGGAACUCAAUCUUUUAGCGGGCCGCGGACAAGUAACAACAGAAAUAGUGCCGAAUUUUGCUCCGAAUUCAGAAAAGUAGUUCCGUUGAAUACGAAAAUAUCUAUAUAUGUUGUACAUAGAUAUUUCCGCCGUGAGAGAGAAACCAACAAAUUUCGUAGGUUCUGAAAGAGCGCGGUCGCAACCGAAUAAUUUCACGAAAUUCACGAAAAUAUUUUAGCCAAGAGCUGGGCCUGGUCCGUGCGUAUCAGUGUGUUUGUGUGUGUUGAUGGUGGUUGUUUAUGUGUGCGUGCCAGAAUAUCAACCGAAAGCAAGUGCAAAAGAAAAUCAUAAACAAAACAGGCAACAAGUUUUUUUUUUGCGUAGAAUCGAAAUUCCAAGAAAACAACAGCGCGACAGCAGCCGUGUUUUUCGAAUCGUAUUGUUGCAACUCGUUUCGGUUUGUUUCGGUUGUUUUGUCAAAGCCACAAAGCGGGUCAAAUGCAUAAAUAAGCCAGCCCGAUUUCGCUGUGAAUGAAACGAAGCGAAAUGAAAUGCGAAAUUUGUUAUUAUUUGGCCUGAAGCGAAAUUAAUUACAGCCAGCAUUGUCAUUGCAGUGCAUCUGUACUCGUUUUUGUAUCUGUGCCGCAGAAAUCGGUAAAGUUUAUGUAAAGCAACGUUGCGGAGUCUUCUUUUUUCGGCUCUCGGGGAGUACCUAUUGUCGUCUCGCUCCGACGCUUUCAUAGAGCGGCGCGAAAGCUCGGCUUAGGCCGAGAGCGUGAGAGAGGGAUAGAGAAAGAGGUGGAGAGUAAACAAAUGACUAACUGUCCGCACUAAAUGCGUGUGCACGGACAGGCCCCUGCACUUGGCGGACACCUGAGCGGACACCACUCGCGCAUCCACAAAUGGCAGCUAAACAGCAACGGCCAGGCGUACGAUUUCCCAAAGCAGCAGCACAGAUAAGUCGACAGCACGACUUGAAUUAUUGCACGCAACAGCAACAGCAACAGCAGCAGCAGCAUCGGCAACAUCGGCCACAUCAGCAACUGCAACAUCCACGGCAGCAACAGCAGAGAAAGGGGAGAAGCUGAGCAGCUGAGCAGCGGAGCAGCGG